AUGAUGUCGCACCAGCACCUCUGGCAACAGGAGCAGGACCACUCCAUUGAAAGCAUCAUGGACUCCUUUGCUCCGGAAACCAGCUUCAACUUUGAUGGUUCCGUGAGCUGCGGGACCACAACACCAAGCUUCUCGGCCGCCUCGUCCGUCUACGACCCUAACGGCCCCUUCACUCCUCGUUCAGGCCGUUCAACACCCCAUGACCACCACUCCAACAUUGACUUCGACUCUUCCUUCUCCUCUCAGAGCUCCUUCUCCUUCGACCAUGGCGCAUCACAAGACCACAAGGGCUACUUCCACAAGCCCGAGAAGGUCGAGAUCCAGAUGCCCAUGCAGUUUUCAUCCAACGAUUCCCUCACCCCGUCGCGGAGACAGAGCUCAGGGUAUGGCAUGGAGCACCUCGACUACAACACGAUGCUUCAUGUCACCCUCAACUCCCACUGUAUGCCCGGCAUGUCCUCGCCUCACCACCACCAACAUCAGCAGCAACAACAGCAGCAUCAUCAUCACCACCACCAUCAUGCCGAGCAAUACUCCCUUCCCCAAGACCUCAGCUCGUCACCCUUCGUGAUGCCCACACCUCACCGCGCUCUCCACAGCUCUACCCCCAGCAACGGCAACAUCUGGCCCUGCAGCAGCGAAAGCCCCAUCAUGAUGUUCGGCAACGAGUCCACGCCCUCAACCUCUCCUCUUCACUCCAUCACCACCAACGUCAAGCGGGAGACCACACAUUCCCCUUCGCCCCUGCACUCAUCGCCCUCGGCCGCCGCGUACCGCCAGGACCCUAGGCGCAAGCUCUUUGCCGAGGUCCAGCGCAAGACCCUGGCCCUUCAAAAGAACCAGAACGACAUGGAAGCACUGAGGCAACUCAGAUCGAUCCAGGUCAACCAGGACGGGUCUGUCCUUGACUGCGGCUCAGUGAAGGUGCGCCAUGUCGCGCCGAGGCGGGAGAGGUGCACAUACCCCGACUGCACCAAGACUUUCAAGAGGAAAGAGCACCUCAAGCGUCACUUCAAGGCGACCCACGAGAAGGAGGUCGAGCUGUACACGUGCCCUGCCACGAACUGCAACCACGUCUUCAAGGAACGCCGCGACAACUUCGUCUCCCACCUGCUCCUUCACAAGCAGGGUAAGAGCAGCAGGACUCCCUACAACGAGAAGGCCGCCAAGCUGUACGACGAGAUGUGCCUGCAGAGCAAGAGCCGCAAGCGCGUCAAGACCAGCACCAGCUCGAGUCCCAGCAGCAGCACCAGCAACAAGAACUGA